UCUCCCGUAACGUGGAGCGCGACUACAUUUCCCGAGGUACUCCCACACCCUCCUCCUCCUGCUGCCGCUGUGCCGGGCUCGCCGCCGAUCGGGCUCGGGUGGCAGCGGGAGCCCCGGAUCCCGCCGUGCCCGGCCCGCAGUGCCCGUGCCCGCCGCCCACCAGGUACGGGGUGCGGGUGUCGCCGGGACGGUCCCUGGGAUGCCGGCAGUGCUGUUCCCCCGGGUGCUGAGGCUGUGUGCCCGUGCUGUGUUGUUUACCCCCGCCUCUGUUUCGGGGUGAGCAGGUGCCGCGUACCCCCGAAACCCUUCUGUGCCAAGUGCACCCCCCAGCAACCCCGCAGCGCCCAUCCCUUGGUGCUGGGCGGUGGGAGGCAGAGAGGUGCCCCUGCGGUGGCCGAGGGUGCACUUUCAGGAGCUUCCCAGCCCUUGUUUUACGGAAGAUACCCCAGGGGUUCGCGGUCCCCAUUCGGCGUGGCAGCUCCGCACGGAACACGUGGUGCCUUGGCAGUGUCGCUUGUUUGUCACCGACACGCGGCUGGGCAGAGGGCAUCACGCCGACGACCCCCAGGGUUGUCCCCUCUGGACCACGGUGGCCGUGGCUCUGCGGGGAGCUGAGCCUGAGCUCAGCCACCCGUGUCACCUGUGACCCCGGGCUGACAGCAGUGUGUGGCGUGACAGUGAUCCACGUCAAGGUCACACCCAGAAACUGCAGCGCCCUGGUUUUCCAUGCGUCCGAGAGUGCCUGUGGACAGAGAGGGGCUGUGUGGUCCAGCAGAGCCUGUAUAGCUAAUGGCUCCCAGGAUAACGCCGCUGUCCUGCUGCAGAGCCAUGCCCAAGAAUGAUGGCGCCAAAAAGCCAGCACCAGAAAUGGUGCCGGACCAGCGCUGGAAGCUACAAGUCUGUUACCUCUGCUUCUAUGGCUUCAUGACACAGAUCCGGCCCGGGGAGAGCUUCAUCACCCCCUAUCUGCUGGGGGCAGACAAGAACUUCACAAAGGCAGAGGUGACCAAUAUGAUCACGCCGGUGCUGUCCUACUCCUACAUGGCCGUGCUGGUGCCCAUCUUCCUGCUGACAGACUACCUGCGCUACAAGCCCGUGCUGGUGCUGCAGAGCCUGAGCCACAUCUCCAUCUGGCUGCUGCUGGUGCUGGGCACUUCCGUCCUGGCCAUGCAGAUGAUGGAGUUCUUCUACGGCAUCACCAUGGCUGCCCGCAUUGCCUACUCUUCCUACAUCUUCUCCCUGGUCGCCCCGUCCCGCUACCAGCGGAUGGCCAGUUAUUCCCGCUCCUCUGUGCUCCUGGGGGUUUUCACCAGCUCCGUGUUGGGCCAGCUCUGUGUCACCUUGGGUGGUGUGUCCUUCCUCACCCUCAACUACGUCUCCUUGGGCUUCGUCAGCUUCGGCCUCAUCCUCACCAUCUUUCUCGAGCGGCCCCGGCGCAGCCUCUUCUUCAACCGGCCCAGGGGGGCCGGUGACGCUGCUGUGCCCGCUGAGCUGGACAGGAUGGCCGGGGAGGACAGCGGUGGGGGGGCACGGGGCUGGCGGGACAUGGUGCUGUGCCGUAUGCUGCAGGAGCUGGGAGCGCUGGCCAAGCAGCCCCAGCUCCGUCUCUGGUCCCUGUGGUGGGUCUUUAACUCAGCUGGGUACUACCUGAUGCUGUACUAUGCUCACAUCCUCUGGAAUGAGAUCUCUCCCACCACGGACAACCGCCGGGUGUACAAUGGGGGCAUGGAUGCUGCCUCCACGCUGCUGGGAGCUGUCGCCUCCUUUGCUGCUGGCUACGUCAAGAUCCGCUGGACGCUGUGGUCAGAGCUGGUGAUUGGAGUGGUUACGGCAUUCCAGGCAGGAUUACUCUUGCUUAUGAACAACACUACCAACAUCUGGCUGUGCUAUGCUGCCUACAUCCUCUUCCGUGGCUCCCACCAGUUCCUGGUGCCCAUUGCCAUUUUCCAGAUUGCUACCUCUCUCUCCAAAGAGCUCUGUGCUUUGGUCUUCGGGGUCAACACCUUCUUUGCCACAGUGCUGAAGACCAUCAUCACCAUCAUCGUGGCUGACAAGAGGGGCUUGGGUUUAUCCGUGCAUCCCCAGUUUUAUGUAUAUUUUGGCUACUUCACCCUACUGGCCGUGGUCUACCUGCUGGCGGCCAUCAGAGUGGGUGUACAGCACAGCCACCGCAGGCAGCCGGUGGAGCUGGCCCUGGACAAGGAGCCGUGCCAGCUCCCAGUGGAAAUUCCAGCAGAGGAGAAAAGCCCGGAGGCAGGCACCGUGCGAGCCUGAGCGCUGGCACCGCGACACUGUGGCUGGCUCUUGGCUCCCAAAGUGAGCAUAGUCAUCACCACCGUGUGCUUGGUGUCCUGUCCCACUGCUGGUUCUGGGUGCUGUUCUGUAACCGCUGGGACAUGUUUUCUGCCCGGUGAGGACAGGGCUGUGCCCCUUCCCUGUCCCCACACACAGAGUGGUGGCAGGAUUCCCAUGGUGCCGCUGCCGUGUGUCACACAGGGGAAUGGGUGGGGACCCAUCCCGCUGCAUCCCCAUCAUGGCACGGAGCCAGGCUACAAGAGGAUGUUUCUUUAUUCAGUGCCUUUAGAAAAUGGUCUAUAGAACACAAUUGAUGACAAAAAAAUAAUAUAAAGAUCCACACGCUUUAAAUUGCAUUAAUUACACAAAAUACAGUAGACUGUAAGAAAUAGAGAUCGUGUGACUCGCACAGCUUUUAUGGUAAUAAUUUCCAUACAAUAACAAAAAAAGCUACUUACAAA